CCUCAGCGCCAUUUUGUGGCAGCGAGACCUGCAAAUAAAGGGGAGCGACGGGGUUCGACGGAAGGAGCGUGGCGGGGCCAGCGGUUGGGGUGCAGCCUCAGCCUGGGUGACUGGCGGCGCCCGCGCGGCUGGGGUCUGCAGAGGAUUCAAGAUGACCAACGAAGAACCUCUUCCCAAAAAGGUUCGACUGAGUGAAACAGACUUCAAAGUUAUGGCGCGAGAUGAGUUAAUUCUGAGAUGGAAGCAAUAUGAAGCCUAUGUUCAAGCUUUGGAGGGCAAGUACACAGAUCUUAACUCAAAUGAUGUAACUGGCUUACGGGAAUCUGAAGAAAAGCUAAAGCAGCAACAGCAAGAGUCUGCACGUAGGGAAAACAUCCUUGUAAUGCGACUAGCAACCAAGGAACAAGAGAUGCAAGAGUGUACUACUCAAAUCCAGUACCUCAAGCAAGUCCAGCAGCCGAGUGUUGCCCAACUGAGAUCAACAAUGGUAGACCCAGCGAUCAACUUGUUUUUCCUAAAAAUGAAAGGUGAACUGGAACAGACUAAAGACAAACUGGAACAAGCCCAAAAUGAACUGAGUGCCUGGAAGUUUACGCCUGAUAGAGGCCUGAUGCCAUCGGACUAUUCCGAAGAAGAGGCCACCUUCGAAAAAUUCCCCUUCUAGAACAUGUAGACACUUGAGAAAUGUUUCUGUUUGAAGAAAAUAGAGGGAGAAACAGAAGUCUUUAGUCUGUGGCACACUGUGUCUUCAGACAGUUUGGAGGAUUGAAAACCUAGAGAUUUCAAAUCAUGAAUUGAACAUGUAAAAUUCCAGUUAAAUGUAAAAACGGAAUAUGCAUCGCUCUUAACCUUGAGCAUAGUGACUUAGAGACACUGUAUAUCAGUUUUGCCAAUAAGACUGUGGACUUCGUGAUUGUUGUUGAACUUCUGGGUCAAAACUCAAAUGAGGUGAAUUUUGCCUUUAAAGGGUUUAUUUGCUAAGAACCAACUUGAAUAGUCACAAAAGAAAUAAUAGAUGUUGGUAAAGUAAUACAUAUAUUUAACCAUUUAGCCUUAGGGCUCUAUAUUACUUAAUAGAGCCUAAAUUAAUAUCGUUUUAAUCAAUGGUUUGUUCUUUGAAUGGUUUCAAAAACUGUAGAUAAUCUUAACCAAGGACUGUACAAACAUGAAGGAGUGGUAUCAGAUUUCAGGCUUAAACUGUUGAAAGCAUUAUAAACAUUCAUUUCACAACUAGAUUGUAUAAGGAUAUUGGCUGUGAUGAGACUCACUGCAUAAUUUUUUUUCAGUAGUGAACUUUAUGAAACCCUCAUCUCAUUCAACAGGCACAUGUUAAAAGAGCGUUGUCUUUGGUGUUAAUGGGGGAAUGUGUUCCUUCAUUGUAUUUGGGCCUUUUGUGUUAACACUUCUGAUAUUAAAUUAAAUGUGCCUUGAAAUAGUUGUUUUUUUUUUUUAAGUUUAAGGAAUACUAUGAUGAUUUUGUUGUACUCUUUAACAUUUUAAUUUGGGGGGGUGCUGUGGAGAGAGAUUCAUUUUGGAAAAUUGGUUGUGCUCUUCAAAGUGAAGGAGAAGUGUCUCAUUUUUAAAAGACCUACUUUAUUCCGGCUGGUACAUAAAAAACAAGGAGACUUGACACUCGUUACGUUUUGACACUUUGUCCCAGGAUAUUGCAAUAGCAUGUGGGACAGUCUCACAAGGUGCCUGCCAGAAGAUUGGGGAAAUAAUGUGUUGGAACUGUGGGCUCCCUAAGUGAGACAUUUUUAUGAAUUGGGAAAAAAACAAGGUAUAGUGACCAUUUCUAGCAAAUUCAUUUGAUCAUUUAGAUAAAUGAGGCAUUUUCUUCAUGCUUCCAUCCAGUCCUGGAGGUGAAUUUUUUUCGUCAGAUCAUUCUAUAAGUCACCAAUUUGAAUUUUUGCUUGGUGAUAAUGAAGUCUAAGAUGAGUGCAAGAUAAAUGUUCCAGCUUGUCUCAACGUUUAAGUGCAUUUUUAACAAGGUUGACUUAAGUUCUCUCUUAAUCAUUCAAAUCAAUUGUAAGUAUCUUGUAUGUUUGUGCUUAGGGAACUGAUUGUGGGAGAGGGUGGGUUGAAGAAGCGAUUUAUGUGACUUCAAGAAAUACGUCUCUAAAAUUCUCACUAUUUGUGAGGUUUGGAGGGUAAGUAAGCACAUGUGUUUGAAAUUAGCUUAUGCCCAUAUUAAGUGUUUUGUAUUUAUUUCAUGCCUUUUAAAACCAUAGUAGCAAAGGCUUAAAUAUAUUUUUAACAGGUAAAGUAAUUCAUAAAAUGCAUCAUUAACUUAGAGUCAAAUUUAGCCAUUUAGGUGCCAGUCAACUUAGAGGUCCAUGGUCUUUUAUUCUUGUUAUUGUUAAGCUUUUCUCCUAAGAUAAUGUUCACGUAUAAAAUUGAAACACCAGAGAAAAGUGGAUAUGAGAGAUGAGUGUCACUCCUGGAUGUGGUCUCUACCUACCUUCCACAUUCUCCUCUCCAGGAGCAGUAACUGGUGUUAAAUUUCUUGGGUAUCAAGAUCAUUUGUGUAUAUACAUAUAUAUAUAAUCAUUUUAUGUAUGUUAAUAAACAUGUUACACUGUUCAUACAGAUAACUUGCAGCUUGUCCUCCACCCACCUUGGAGCAUUUUUUAGUACAUCUACAGUACAUUUUAAAUUAUUACAUAGAAUCUGUUAAUCAUAAUUUAAUCAUCUACAAAUGGUUGUUUUGUAAAAUUAGGCUAUAUAUAAACCAGAGAACAUCAGGUACUAUAAAUAUAUCACUCAUUUGGAACAAGUAAUGUUCAGUCAGUAAUAUUCAAUGUGGAAUAAAUAAUUCAAAUAGAAGAUUUGGGGGGCUUACACUUCACUAUUAUUCUGGGAUUGUUUUGGGGGUUUUUUUGGCACUGGGGAUCAAACACAGUGCCACUGAGCUAAAUCUCAGCCCGUAUUUUUCUGUUUUGAAGGAGGAAAAUUCCCUAAAUUAUCUUGUCCAGUAGUUAAAAAUAUUUUAUGAUACAUUUUAGAGUUUUUACAGGGUGUGUUUCAGUAUUUCGGCAGUUUUCAGUUUGCAUUUAAUCAUUUAGGUAAUUUUAUGUAUCUCUUUAAAACAAUCUUGCUACCUUUACCAUGAUAAUAUACGAUGUUCAUUCUUUUUUACAAAUUGCUCUCUUGAAGUAUUUCCUGAUUUAUUUGCUUUGUGGGUUAUUUGGUUUUAGAAAUGGGUUGGGUAUUUUUGUUACGUUUGUUUUCUGUACUGGGGAUCAAACCAUCAAACCUGGAACACCCUAGGUGCCUAGAUUUCUAGGCUGUUUAUUUCUUUAUUUUGAGACAGGGUCUUGCUAAAGUUUCCAGGAUUGGCCUUACACUUGUGAUCCUUCUGCCUUAGCCUCCUGAAUAGCUAGGGUUAUAGAGAGGUGACACUGCUUGGUGGGCAUUUUGUGACUUUAGAAAAAUAUCCCAAAAACAUUUGAAUGAAAGGAGUAACACUUUAUUCAUUUUUGAAACAUUUACUUGUAAUUCUUUUCAUUCAUUAAUUCAUUCAUUCAUGGUGCUGAGUCAAUCUCAGGUAAGCACUCAUCGCUGAGCUACUACUCUUAUCAUUGAGCUACAUCUUCAGCUCUUUUUUGUGGGAUGGAGGACAGCAGUGGUGGGGACUGAACUCAGGACUUUACACAUGCUCUACUACUGUAUACACCCCCACCCUCACUUUUUUGUGAUCUGAUGAGUACAACACAAAUUUUACAUGAGAUGAUUAAUAAACAUAAUUACAGGGCUGGGGAAGUUAGCUAAGUGGUUCCGCUGCCUGCCUUGUAAGCACAAGGUCCCACGUUUGAUCCCCAGUACCAGAAAAAAAACCUAAAACAAAAUUACAGAAUGUUUAAGAAAUCAGACUUUGUCAAGAUUUGUUUUAGGUAUCACUAGUUUUUAGAAAUGAUAAGAUUAUCUUAGAGCAGGCAUUACAUAAUGAUGACUUUUUAGCCAAGUGUGGUGCCACACACCUGUAAUCCCAGCACUCCUGAGGCUGAGACUGGAGGAGGAUGUAAGUUCAAGGGCAGCCUGAAAUACAUAGCAAGACCCUGUCUCAAGAAAAAAAAAAGGACUUUUUAAACCAAACCUUUAUUUCAGUAGUUUUGAGGGUUUUGUAUUAGGUUAAAUCAGGUCACAAAUUAAUGUAUUUUACAAUUGUCAAUUUUUUCCUAAUCUUUAGUUAAUUCCUAUAAACGGGGAGAGAAUUUUAAGGAUAGUUGUAAAAUGCCAAUGCUGUGUGCUUUGCAAGAAAGAGUUGUUGGAGCAUAGGGCAGCCAAAUGGAAGGGAUUGCACUGUAAUGAUGAUGUCUAUCUUAUUUCCUGAUUGUUUGAUUUCUGAAGUGCUUAUUCAGUGGAGGCUAAUAUCUGAGGAUGCCCGUGGGAGACGGGGAAAUCUGAAGCUGCAACAGCAAUGAAGAACACCACCGAUUAGAAUUGUUGUGCCUGUGCCUAACCCUAACCUUUAUCACCUGCUAACACAGUGGGUUUCAAGCCACUAGGAUGUCUUUGAGCAGGUUUUACUUUACCAGAUUUUUUAAGGAAUCCCAAUUACCAACCUUCUGUUGAAUUAUAUACAAGUACAGGUAAAACAACCUUACAGCACUACUUGAAAGAAUGAGAAUUGCCGAAAAACUCCCAUUUUUAAAAUUCUAAGGUUUGAUGGUAUCAUCUAUUCUGAAGUGUAAUGUAUUAGGCAAGUAAAAGCCCACUAGAAGAAGGAAAUACUAGAAUAAAAGAAAUGUAUUUAACCAAGAAGGUCAUGGACUGAACACAAUGACAAGAGUGUCAUACUCUCCCCAUGCAAAUCACAAUUAUAUACUUAUAUCCCUUGAAAAACAAUAAUUUCAGCUAUUGCUGAGGCUAAAAAAAAAAGGCAGUAAAGUUUUAUUAAACUAUUUGGGCUUUGAAUUAUACUUUUGCAUUUGCUAUGUAUAUAGGUUUUAUAGUAUAUGGCUAUAGCACUUGGAAAUAAAUGUAUUGAUGGCAUGAUACUUGUAGUUUGUCAGAUAUUUCCAUGUUAAUAUUUGCAUUUGUUAAGUAACUACUGAUCUUUGUGAUGUAUGGGUGAGGUUUUAUAACAGUAAAAUCUUGACUAUAUAUCAAUAAUAAAUUUUUAAAAACUUA